UCGAAUUACAGAUAGCACCGAUUAUUUUAGAGGAGACUGUGCAUUGUGUUUUCUAACUUCAAUCAAUCAGGAUUGAACUUAACCAAGGGAAAGCCUACUUGUCACAGUUCUGAUAGUGGAUUAAAAAUGCGUUUUAAAAUGCCACUAAACAAUAAAUCCAUCUGGGUAUACUUUAAUGAACUAAUAAUAAAAGAGUAGGCGAGGAUCCUAUAAUUAUUCAUUAAAAUAUGCAUUGUAUUUAGUACUACAUACUAUACGGCCACAAACAUAGAGCGUUAACCAAAAAAAAAAAACCCAAAAAAAAGGAUAUGAAAAAAAAACAGCUACAUCUUAAGGAUGUGUCCACGGUUCGCAUCUUAAUGCUGGGCGACAGAGGAGUGGGGAAGACAAGUCUGACCAAUUUGCUGGCCAGCAGUGAAAUAACGCCCACACCCGCCUCCCGCACCGUGGGCGAGGGAUCCUGGAAUGUCCAGGUGCGGCUACACGAGUAUCCCGACUCCAUGGAGCUGCCUCCCUCGCCCACCUGGACCUCGCCCUCCUCCUCGGAGCGCUCGGAGAAGUUUCCGUUUACCCCGAUCACGCCCAGUGAUAUCCUGUAUUUCGUGGAGUUCUACGAUCUGAACAGCGAUCUGCGCAUGCGGCGCGAUCAGCGCGAUAGUUUCUAUAAGAACAUCGAUGGCAUUGUCCUGGUCUACAAUCUGCAGGACCUACGCUCGCAGGACAAUCUGCACGAUUGGCUGUACGAGCCGUUGCGUGAGAUUUGCAAGCAUCGCCACCGACGCACCCGGCCCAUCCUGAGGCGCCAGCACGUUCCCAUCCUGGUGGUGGGCACCAGGUUGGAUAAACUGGCGCGCCGGCCGUUGCGUCGGCGCGGGAGCAUAGCCCACCAGUUGGCGGCCGACGAGAUCCUCCUGAACUGCCGGGAUCCCAAGAGCUUUGCGGACAAAGGCCGCAAUCAGGGCAAGCUGCGCGCCUUCCUAAAUCGCGUGGUCGAGUUCAAGGAGCUCUUUCCACUCUCACAUACCCGCCACCUUUGAACAGAUCUCAGUUUAUAUUUUCUAGUUUUUUGUUAACUAAUAAUAUUUAUGGAAAAUAA